CGCGCCGCCUUCAACUUCAUCGCCGACGUCGUGGAGAAGACGGCGCCCGCCCUGGUCUACGUGGAGAUCGUGGGCAGGCACCCAUUCUCGGGCCGUGAUGUGCCCAUCUCGAAUGGCUCGGGAUUCCUGGUGUCUCCUGAUGGGCUCAUUGUGACCAACGCGCACGUGGUUGCAAACCGGCGCCGGGUGCGGGUGAAGCUGGCCAGCGGGGAGCAGUACGACGCCGUGGUGCAGGACGUGGACCAGGUUGCAGACAUCGCCACCAUCAAGAUCAAGCCUAAGCACCCGCUGCCCACAUUGCCCCUCGGGCGCUCCUCCGAGGUGCGGCAGGGAGAGUUCGUGGUGGCCAUGGGCAGCCCCUUCGCCUUGCAGAACACCAUCACCUCCGGCAUCGUCAGCUCCGCGCAGCGCGGCAGCCGGGAGCUGGGCCUGACCGCCUCCGACAUGGAGUACAUCCAGACGGAUGCUGCUAUCGACUUUGGGAACUCUGGCGGUCCCCUUGUCAACUUGGAUGGUGAAGUGAUUGGGGUGAACACCAUGAAGGUGACGUCGGGCAUCUCCUUUGCCAUCCCCUCAGACCGGCUGCGGAAGUUCCUGCAAAAGGAGGAACAGCGCAAAAGCUCUUGGUUUGGCAGUGCCGAGACGAAGCGCCGUUACAUCGGGGUGAUGAUGCUGACGCUCACACCCAGCAUCCUAGCUGAGCUGAAGCUGCGUGACCCCAGCUUCCCUGACGUCUCCUAUGGAGUGCUAAUUCACAAAGUGAUCAUCGGUUCCCCGGCCCAUCAGGCAGGGCUGAAGGCAGGCGACGUUGUGCUGGAGAUUAACGGGCAGGCAACGCGCCGCGCAGAGGACGUCUACGAGGCAGUGCGGACUCAGCAGAGCUUGGCCUUGUUGGUGCGGCGCAGCUACGACACUUUGCUGGUGAGCGUUGUCCCGGAGGUCACGGAGUAGCUGUGCUGCAGAGCAGACCGCUCUGGCCGCUGGCUGAGUGCGCUGGCCAGGAGCCAAGGAUGCAGGACCGAGGCACAUCUGUGCACCCACCAGGGAGAGACCGGGAGCCUGCGAGGGCCUGGAGGGGCCAGGCAGGGGGCACGACCCUGGGGCAGACUCAGUGUGAAACCGCUCCCCUCCUUGCUCAAAUAAAGCACUUUUCUAGGU